GCUAUGCCCUCGGAACGGACGAGGCCCCGGGGGCUGUCAUGCCUUUCCACUGGUGCUGUUUUGAAAUCCUACUUCGCACCCUGACAGGUGGAAUAGACCCUGACAGUAUCAAGCCGGAUGUACUGUACGAUGCCCUGUCAGCUAUGUGCAAUGUUUCCGGCUCCGCUCUACAGCUGGACUAUGGCAGGGACGUCGCUCAUGCACAGGGACAGUACUGGCAGUGUAUUCCUGGUGCCGAGUACUCUGUCAAACACCCAACGAAUACUCCCGCUCUAUCAACCUCCAUCCAAGCUGAGCUCCAAGGAAACGACAAUCUUCGUACCCCAUACACAAAGGUCAAUCUGAAAGAUAGGCAGCCAAAGAGCCCCUUUGGUAAACUACCGGUCGAGAUGGUUGACAAGAUCUGCUCGUUCCUGCCGGGUGACUCGUUGAAGGCGCUCAUAGAAGCUUCAUUAUUCGUCCAGGUUAUCACUCAGGAGAAUUACUUCUGGAAGCGCUUCAUCCAGUACGACAUGCCCUGGCUGUGGGAGAUGCAGACUCUACAGGCGCGAGACGAUCUGCCCCCUGAUCUGAACUAUAAGCUGGUUCAUUCGUGGUUGGAUAAGAUCACUACCCCAGAAUACGGCAUGAAUGACUCGGCAUGGAUGGGCAUCGCCAACCGCCGACGGAUAUGGAAUGCUUGUGAGCAGGUGGCGCCCAAGUAUUUCGAUAGCUUGGGUUAGAAUUCUUCAAAGUGAGAGAGAUAUAGCAGGCUCAGUGCAUACGCUAUUUCUCUACGUUUUCGACAUGUAUGAACCUGGGUAGAGGCUGGAUCUUUACUGGGGAAUCCAAUUUGUUUCAAAUCAGCCGGGCGUUGGUGUGUGAAAGCGUCUUGUCUUCGCUCAAUUACAAAUACCUCGAAUGAACACCGUCAUUUAUAUACCUAAUUUAAUGUCUAAUAUGAAUUCCAGACAAUCAAAGCCAUGGGUUUCAUGAUAAUACAUUCUCUAUCAUGCAGAAUGCUUCUAUCGUAACGAAAGGAAGGUGAAUACAUGAGCACGUACGUUAUCCUUACAGUCUUAGCAUCA